UGCAUGAAUUUUACUAACAGAUCAGGUCAACAUAUAGGCUAUAUAUUAUCACGCUAUCACAUAAGAGGAGGAGCCAUAAAUCACUAUUCAACGCGGAGGAAGUUUCGGGCACAGCUAGUAAUUUAUAAUUAUGUAACUACAACGAACCUAAUUAUAUGACGAUGUAAACUACAAAAGAGAGUUAAAAAAAAUUUUUAGAUAUAAAUAAAUGACAUACAACUAAUUAUUUUGUUUAAUCUCAACGUAAAAUGUAAAUGUUUUAAUCCGAAAUGCAUUUUGUGACUAUAUUAAUAGAGUGUUUUCUUUUUUGCAGGUGGCGGCGCCAGCCCCGGCGUAUCGGUUUCAACUCAGGCGGACAUAGCACAUUCGGCGAAAGGCUACGAGUCAGAGGAUGAGAACGCGGGGAGAAAGUGGCAGAGGGCCAGCGACGAACGGCCAGCCAGUAAGACUACCAUGUACUCUAAGCAGGAGUUCCGAGAACAGUACUGCAUCAACAACAAACAACUGGAUCUGCUGGAACUGGAGAAGUCCAAGAAGGACAGAUUCCUCGGAUGUCUCUCUCAGUACCAUAUCGAGAGUCCAUGUUCCAGAGCCAAUAGAGCAUCAUUUCUAUCCGUGUGCGUCCGGCGGCGUGUGCCCUCAGAUGAGAAUCUCAACACCGAUUAUGCACCAAUACAGAGGUAUCCCAGGUUCGGCCAACCAACCCCGGCACCGCCCGAACUUUGCGCCUACGAUGCCGAUCUGGAGUGCUCAUACUUCCGCAGACGUCCACGGUCUGUGUGCAGCCAACCUGACCCCAAACGCUACACCUGGAUGCCUGAAGAUGAAGACUUCACCCGGAUGGAGUGGCCACAAUCGGUAAUAGAAGAAAACGCGGGUUGGCCCCAAAAUUAUAAUGUGGACCAAAUCGCGUCAGUCAGCCGAGGAGGCUCGUUGCCUCGGCCACCUUCGAUAAUUCCAUGCCCCGCCCACACGCCUAUACCGCCGCCGCCCCCGCCACCCCCUCUCACCAUACCACCCCACAGAACAAAACACGUGUCUUUCGCUCGGUCUCACACUCUGACCACGUUCGACGACUCUGUAAUGCCGGCUGCGGUCAGCGGCAAUCGGUUCAGAAGAGACUGCGAGAGACUCAUCGAUGGACGUGUAGUAAAGCCAGAACCAAAGCCUUAUUCAACGCUGCCGGUGAUGUUUCAACCGUUCCCGCCGUACCCACAGUUCAUCACUCAACCUGCGCCGGCGCCGAUCCACUACCCUCCCCCUAUAACACCACACCCUACUCACCCGCCCCCUCCCGUGCAAAGGCCAACGCAAACAGAACAACCUAAAGUAGUCGUAUUAGAUUCUAUAAAGAAAGGAGUUAUGAGGACUCAAGCAACACAAACAGAAGUUUGUUUAGGUAGAAAACCAUUGCCACCGAAUUACUUAUCCUUGAGCCCUCGAACUAUAAAAAGGGUUAAAAUGGUAGCAGCUGGUGUACAAACUAAUGGGUACACGGUUGGGGUAAGAAGGCUAACAAAAUCAUUCUCUGAAGUGGGGGGAGAUCGAUUGGCUGGCCGCGACUCUCCAAGUGAAAUUGCUACCACAGUCGAGAGUUUCAUCACAAGCGACCACGAGAAACUACACAGAACUCAAUCAGAAGAACCACCAAGAUCUCCUCGGUCUCCCACCGCUAUGAUAAUGCCUUCAUCUCCUCUUCAACGGGGAGAUUCCGACGACGUAACAUCUUCGUCAGUCAAAUCUGUUGCAUCAUCAUCACAAAUAGAUAAAUCAUCCGAAUUAAGCGCCUUGCAGAGACAGGCUCAAGAAUACUUCCAACAGAACUUCCAAUUUAUACACGAAAGUGAUAGAGACGAUACAAUCGAUGACGAUAUAGAAAACCUUGAAAAAAGUAUGGCAUUGAAUCGUAGAAACCUUGAGUAUCUUCAACAAGAGAUUGCCAAACAAAGCAAAGGUGACAAAUCUCUCAGAUCUAUUCUUUCCAAAAGUACCAGCGAUGCUUCCCAAAAGACAAUAAACUCUUCGCAUCCAUUUUCGAAAACUUCCACUUUUCAAUCGGAACCUUCCACUGAAACUUCUGCAACCACAACUGAUGACAGUGAAAAGAAUGAGAAGGAAAUAAUAAUAGACUUUGAACCAAGACCUGAUGAUGAAGCCAUUCCAUUUACAACGCUUCGUAGGAAAAACAGAAGAAUGUUGCAAAAAACUUUGUCCGAAGGAGAAAUACUUCUAGAUGUACGAAAAACCGAACUACAAACUAACGGUGAUGGUAUAAAAGACGCUCCCAUAGUAAUGUCAACAAGUCAGGAAAAUAUGACGCGAGAAGACCGCGAAAGAGAAGCAAUGUAUACACAGUAUGUUGGUCAAAAUUACAGUCAAACUCCUAUAAAAGACGAAGGUAUCUUUGGAUUUGAACCAGAUGGCUCUUUCAGUUCUUCAGAUGGGAAUGCACCAUAUGAAGAUUUUCAUGAGAAAUACAUUAGUUACAAGCAUGAACCAUUUAGAAAUCGAAGCGUAAGUUUUGAAGAAAAGACAGAAAUUAUACUUGACAAGGACGAAAUUCCUGAGAGCAGUACCGCAAGGUCGAGCCCAGGAUCACCAGAACCAGUUACCAUUGAGGUAGAUGUAGACCAAAAAGUAAAACGAGCUGUUAUUUCUAACACUGUCACUACUAUUUUAACACCUUUGGAUAAAGUGUCACCAUGCGCCUCAAACGAAUCUUUAACGGUUGACCAAAGCAGGGACCAUUCGGAUGGAAUGUGGAAUGAAUCACAAACGACUGUUUUGCAAGUUGAUUCGGGAACAGAAAAUGGCACUGUAAUAAGCUCAUCUGAUCUUAGUUCAUUGGCUGCAUCGCCAGGAGCAUUGGCAUUGUUAACACCGACUUCACGACGAAAGCAACUUCUACUUCUUCAACAUCAACAACGAUCUUCUUUAGACACAGAUGCAUUGGAUGAAGAGUUUGACGCCUCACAAAGUCAAUCGCCGACUUCACCACGCAAUAAACUAGACACAUCAAGUUCUAGUUCCCAAGCUCGAGCAUCGCUAUCUCCACCUGCAGUCGUUCCAAACAUUUCACUAUCUCUACCUAUAACGAAACAACCAACAAUAUCAAAAUCAAUUUCUCCAAUAGUACCUUCAAAAGUGAACCACACACCUGCAAUUGCCAUUACCCAUCCAAGCCUAGACCUGGCUGAUGUACCAUUCAAAAGGACUCCCAGUUUUAUAAAUAAAAAACGUGAAAGAGCAUUAAGUCCGUCUAGGAGAAAGGAUUUGCAGAAAAAAGCUCAACAAAAAGAGCCAAAUGGCACGAUACCACAUCAAAUAGUUGAGUCUCCAUCUGAGGCUCCAUUAGCUAAAGCUGCUAGUAGUGAAACUAGCUUGGCUAGAACUGAUUCAGGAAAAAUUAACACUACUGACGUAUCAGAAAGUACAACAACGACUGAAGAUUACGUCACAGCAAAUUCAGAUAGUUCGAAAAAAAGCAAUAGUAAAAACCCAAACCAACAUCCAGAAAAUAACAAAACACAAGAAGGGUCGUCUUUUGAAAGUGCAUCAAGUCUUUAUUCUUCAACCCGCACUGAAAAUAUUGCCGAAGAUAUGGUCCUACCCAGUUUCUCACCGCCUUUAGAAAUCAAUGAUGACUUUAUCGUUCCUGAUCUUGCAUCGCCCCCGUUACCCUUGCCUGAUCGGUUACCUAGAGUAUCUAUGGAAAAAAUUGAAGUCAAAGCCGACAUCACUCCGACCAUUGAACACAUCAAGAGAGAAAAGACUGAUAUUAAAAUUAAAGACAAUUUACCAAAAGUUUCCAAGACUAUGCGUGGCACAAUUAGUGGAAAGAGUAGUUCGAGUGGAAGUUAUAGUAUAGGUGGAUCAAAUCCGAAUGUUACUGAAGAUGUUGAUGACAAAACGCCCACUGAGAAAAUUGUUGAAUUACCAGAACGCAGUGAUAGUAAAGGAAAGGAAGACAAAACGACUGCUACAGUUCCAGAAAAAGACCAACACGUGCCAAAAAUGAUGGGUUCUUUAUCUGAUGACGAACGAAGCGUUCACUACUCAUCGUCAGGCUAUUAUGAAAGUCCGGUGGACGAUGAUGACGAUGGAGGUUUAACGUAUAAGCAUUCACAAAGAUACAAAUCAUCAACCAGACCCAAAUCUUGGUUAGCAGACGAGAAACGAAGAAAAAAGAAGGGAUUUACCUUAGAGUUUUCUAAAUCUUAUGAUGAUUCUGUAUCUACAUCUCAAGAUGAUUGGGGCAAAAAGUCUGAAGACCCAGACAGUAUUAGUCAAAAGUCAGAACGCAGUAUUUUCAAACCAUCCAAUGUUAAGUCUCCACAGGAUGAGAAAGCACCUGAAACUAGAAAGAAGAAAACCCACUUUGCAGAUAAAGCUAAAAGCGUUCAGUCGUCACCAAGAGAGCCAGUAGACGUAGAAAAGUCUAUCAAAGAAAAGAAUAUAAAAGAAAAGGAGGGUGAACCAAAACGCCCCGCUGAAAGAGAACGAUACGUUAAAAGAACUAAACUAAAACCUAAAAGUCCAACACAGAGUAAAACAGUUGAUGGGAAUAGUCAUAGUUAUAGACCAGUUCAUUAUGAUAGAAGAGAAGCUAUGGGUUCUAACAUGAAGUUACAUUUAAACAUUCCAACAUCAGACGAUUCAAGUGAACAAUACAGGAAAGAAGGUACGAGCAACGGUAACAUAUCUCCAAGAAAACAUCGCCGAUUACGUGAUAGUCCGCGAAGGAAAACUGGAAAUAAUUCUAAUAAUGCUAAAUCUCCUACUACUGCGAAUAGUCAUGCGGUUUACAGGCCAAGAAGAAAAAGUGGUUCGAACGAGAGCAUAUCACUCCCUGGUAGUUUACCGCGAAGGAAACAGUCAAUACCCACGGUUCCUUGCUUAAGUUCUUUAGAAGCGGAGGAUAUAGAAACAACAAGAACUCUUACUAGUGCAGGAUCAAGAUUGACUCCCCUCCGAUAUAUAAAAAGUCCUAACACAUCACCUAGACACAAUCGGAAACAAGAUCGAGAUGGAAAAUUUGCCAAAGCCGCAUCAGCAGAGUCACUCCGCUCUGUAUCACCAGGAUCAGAUUCAGUGUUUUAUUCAGAGCAAACAGAGCAUAGUUUAGUAGGAGCUGAUGGAGAAUCAAAGGCACAUUGCUUACACUGCGGUAAAGAAGUUCACAUCGUUACUGCUACCCACGAACAUGACAGUGUAGCCUCCAGGACAUCUCAUACUGACGAAUCCUACGCAGACGCAACGCCGGAUAUUGUACCAGCACCAGCUGGCUUUGCAGACUCUCCAUCUUGUGCCUCAACUAAGAAACAUGCAAGUGGAGCACGACUUUACAAGAAACUAGAUAAAAGAUAUCGUUCUGAAGACAAAUCAAGACAUUACUACCGCAACAGACAAGAUGUUCGAGCGAAGUCUGAAGAAAGAGGUAAGGAGGAAUAUGCUUCGGGUGAGAAAACUCAAGAUACUCGCAUAGCAAGAUCUGCUGGAAACAGUUUAGACAAACUGGGAGGAUCCAGCGCGAGUGUGGAUCCAGACGAACACGAAGAAUGUUCUGGAAGCUCUGAAGGUGCUGAAGGUGGUCGAGACGAAAAAGGAAUUUAUGCUGCUCCCUGGUGGUGUGGAAACUGGAUCAUGCUAUCUGAGAACAAUGAUCAGUGGACCAGGAUUCCUCCAGAUGUGAUUGACACUGGAUCGGAAGCUGGGCAAGAAGACCCGACUGAAUCAGAAUCAGAAUUCAAUAAGAGAUACGUGGCUUUGACACAUAGGCUAGUGCACCGACGAGCGUGCAUUGAACUCAACAGACGACAAGCAGAAAACAGUUUUGAGAGCGACAAAACAGUGGUAGUAAGGCGUGGUAACGAAGAAUUUGGGUUCCGAAUCCAUGGGAGCAAGCCAGUUGUGGUAUCUGCUAUCGAACCUGAUACUCCUGCUGAAACCUCCGGACUUGAAGUUGGAGACAUUGUUAUAGCUGUGAACGGAAUCAAUGUCUUAGAUAAGACGCACUCGGAAGUGGUGAAGAUUGCGCAUUCUGGAUCGGAAAUUCUUGAAUUGGAGGUGGCCAGAACAUGUGAGGUGGUAGCCUCGUUAGCUCAUGAAGGAGGACCUGCAGCCUUAUAUUCAGGGUAUCUAUGGAGGGCAGCUCCAGCAAGACCUCACCAUCCUCCACGUUGGACCAGACGAUGGUUCGUCCUCAAGAGAGACAACUGCCUUUAUUAUUAUAAGACAGAUUCUAGCAUUCAUCCCGUGGGAGCUCUCAUGCUUGUGAACUAUCAACUGACCGAAGAGGACGCGGGUAGACCCCACGGGUUCCGAUUACAUCGCGGCGGUGGCGUACGUUUACAACUGGCAGCUGAUACUUCUGAAGCGGCCGCUAGAUGGCGCGCAGUUCUUGCACAUGCCAUUGAUGCUAGCAAUCAGCGCGAUGGCUGGUUGGAAGUGACAAUGAGGAAUAUGAAACUACCGCCAUCAUCGAUACCAAGACCUGAUUGUUUCGGUUACCUGAUGAAGCUUGGCUCCAAGUGGAAGUCCUGGGCCAAACGAUACUGCGUGCUGAAAGACGCCUGCUUAUACUUCUACAAUGAUGGUAACAGCAAAAAUGCUUUUGGUAUGGCAUGCUUACACGGCUACAGAAUACAGACAUGCGCUCCUGGCGGCAAGAAAUACGCUUUCGAAGUGAUGCCAACGGAGCCCAAGCAGAGACACUUUUAUUUCCAUACUGAGUCUGAAAUGGAUAGGAAACGGUGGAUGGCAGCUUUGGAGUAUUCCAUAGACCGAUGGAUGAAGGCUGGUUGACGUCGGGCCCUCCUCUCGGAAGACUCAUUCGAUUUUAUAUAAUUUUAGUUGUAUUAAAUAUAUCCAUUGUUAUUCCAUUUAUUUUGAUUUAUUAUAUUUAUUCCGCUUAGUGUUUUUAACCCAUUUAUUGA